CAUAAGACGCAAGCAAGCUCCUUCUACGUGACGUCGUCGUGUUUAGAUAAUUUUAGUGCUUAGCGAAAUCACCAGCAGCGGAACCCGUAUGUUGUAGAUAUAUUUCUUUACUGUUUGCCGACGAUUCUCUUUCGGGUCGAAUUUAAUGAAAAUUAUGAAACUACAGUGUGUUUCAUGUUUGUGUCAAUAGUCUAACGCGUAAAGUGAUUUAAUACCGAUAGUAAAGUGACUUAUUUUUCUUUCACUCCGAUUUGUGCAAAAGUGUUUUAUUGAACAAUUAGGCUUAUGACAAAGUGAUUGGCACUAACAGUGCAAUUUUUUCACCAACGUCUGUGAAACAGUUUGAUUUUUCGAGUGUCAAGGAAAAACAAGCGACUGGAAAAGAUGAUACACGGACAUCCUCCACAGCCUCAGCAACCAGCCCAGCAUCAUAUGACCCACCCACCUCUUCAAGCACCACCGCCACAUUUGCCUCACCUAACGAGCGUUCCUCCUCCAAACGUUCCACCGCAGGGAACACUUCAGCAGCCACCUCGCGAACAUCCUGGACCAAGGAUCAACAACCGGCAUCAUCAUCAUCAUCACCACCACACAGGAUUACCAGCCGGUGCCGCCAUACCGACGAUUCCGACGGGCGGCCCACAGAUGCCAAUCCAACCGUACGGCACUAGGAAACCUUCGUCACAACACUUUGGCAACAGCGGCGGAGUGUCAAUGAAGCCCAUGGGCUACCCCCCCAAGUCGCUACCGUAUAGCAGCAGCAACAGCAACAACAACAACAACAACAACAGUACUAGCACCAAUUCCGGCAGUCAUCACCAUCAGAACUCCCACCAUCAGCAGCAGCAUCAUCAACAACAACACAACAGUCAUCACAAUAAUAAUCAUCACCACACGCAUCAUAAUCACCAAUCGGGUGCGAUUCCGGUAGUGUCUGCGGCCGGUCCCGGGGGAUCCAAACCACGCAUGAUUCCAGCACACGAACCGAAAAUCAUUCACAAUCACAACAGUAACGCGGCUCCACAAACGAACACAUCGAAUGUAAUAGUGGUCCAUCAGACGGAUCCCGUUCAGCUAUCGGGAGGAAUGUCCUCCACGGCUGCCACUACUCCGACAGGAAAAAGCAUUAAGAAUAAUAACAACAACAGUAUAACUAGCAGUGCCGGCACUGGCAGUAUAACAAAUGUUGGUAGUAGCGGUGGCGGAGGAGGAAUAGGAAGUGGUGGAUGCGGAAGUGCUUCAAAUACCGGAGCGUCAGGUACUUCCCUGUCGACCAAUGCAGGCAGUGCUUCCGAUGGCCAGAACGAUUCAACCUCACAGUCACAGUUACAGCAGCCGAACCAGCUGCUGUCUUCUGUACCAGAAACCUUGGCAAACACUAAAGAGAAAACCCCAAUGUGUUUAGUUAAUGAAUUAGCACGAUAUAAUAAGAUCCAGCACCAGUACCGGUUGACUGGAGAAACCGGCCCGGCUCAUAAGAAACGAUUCACCGUCACGCUCAAGCUGGGCGAUGAAGAGUACACUGCGGAAGGCCCAAGCAUCAAAAAGGCUCAGCACAGUGCGGCUCACGAAGCGAUCGGUGCCACCAAAUACAAGCAUCCACCGGCUAAAAUCAACCGAACGAAAACCGGUGGAAAGACAAACAUCGGAAACAUCACACCGACAGUGGAACUGAACGCCCUGGCAAUGAAACGAGGCGAGCCGACGGUUUACGAAACCGAAAUGGUUGAUGCCCCAGUUGUACCGAAGUACAACGCAAACAGUCACCCUCCACCCGUUGCACCACAGCAGUCGGUUGGUGGUGGAGGAGGAGGAGGAGGAGGAGGUGGUCCUCACUAUUUUCCAGUUCCGCCACCUGGAUCCUACGGUGCUUAUCAUCGUAACAACACCAUGUACAGUAAUCCCCCACCUGGUGGCAUGCGGUACGGGGCUCCUCCACCAUGUUCCUACAAUCGACGAAAUCCCAUGGGAAACAAGUCGGAUUAUCCGCGAGGGUAUUACUAUAACCAUCAUAUGCCUCCCAUACCGCAGCACGUACCGGAAGUAUACAAAGUAACUCUGCACGUAGGAGAACGGACAUUUUUGGGCGAAGGACACACACUGCAGGCGGCACGGCAUGAUGCAGCGGCGCGUGCCCUGGAGGUUUUGAAACCACUUACUCCCGAUACGGCCAAUGCGCUAUCCGAAUGUCACGACACAUCAAUCGAUAGCGACGAUCCAAACUCAGAACUGAAAUCACCGAUUUCUCUCGUGCACGAGAUGGCACUGAAGCGUAAACUUACCGUUCAAUUCGAGGUACACGGGGAAAAGGGUCCACCGCACAUGAAAGUGUUUACAACGCUGUGCAAAGUUGGUAACAUCGUAACCGAAGGUGAAGGAAAUGGUAAAAAACUGUCCAAGAAACGUGCUGCCGAAAAGAUGCUGGACGAACUGAGGAAGAUUGCUCCGGCAUCGCCAGAGAAAAAUACUCGAACCAUGUUGAAACAGAAACGAAAAGUUCCUUUGCCAAAGAAAAAAACUCGCAAUCUCAUCAAGGAUAACGCGGAUGAAGAUCCUUCGGAUAUGGUGAAUCCCAUCAGCCGGUUAAUGCAAAUUCAACAGGCACGCAAAGAGAAGGAACCCGUGUACACACUGCUGGAGGAACGCGGUGUCGCUCGGCGGCGAGAAUUUGUCAUGGAGGUCGCUGCCAGUGGCAGUGUCGCAACGGGUGUUGGUCCAACGAAAAAACUGGCGAAAAAAGAAGCCGCCGAAAAUUUGCUCGUCUCGCUGGGUUACGGUCGUUCGACGGUUGCCAAUUCAUCGACACUGAACAAGGAGAACAAUUCGGCCAGUGCCAACGAGAUGGGUGAAAAACCAAACCGGAAAGUUAUGUUCAACGACGGUUUGAGUGUUCAAUCCAACGGGAAACAGGGUGGCAGCACCGGGCGACAAAUUGUUCCUGGAGUGUUGCAACUAAAUUCCGGUAUUUCCAACAACAAAUCAAAUCCACCCGCAAAAGACUAUGCUCAUGAAAACAAUACCCAGGAUAACACGAACACUUCUACUGCCACCGUCGUGGAUAAUUCAAUGAAAUCCGGACAAGCGAACAGUGUUGGUGCAACAAACACCACAUCUAGUGCGACCACCGCGACGACGACGUCGACGACGCCAGCAGUUAGCAGUUCCAAUCCCGACGUUGGCCGAAUGAAAGAACAACUGAUGUACUUGGCUCAGCUGUUAAAGUUUGACGUGAUGUUUUCCGAUUUUCCGAAAGGUAACCACGGCGAGUACCUUACACUGGUGACCCUUUCGACGGAACCACCUCAGCUAUGCCACGGCAGUGGAGCCAGUUUGGAAGAAUCGCACGAUGAAGCCGCUCGCGGUGCACUGGAAAUCCUCAGCAAAAUUGGUCUGGAUAACGUGAAGCCGAAGGGUAGCAGUGCAGCGGCAGCAUCCGACGAAAGUAAGUCAAAAUCUCCUCUGAGCAACGGGCUUAAGAAGUAAAGUGAGUUACUGUCGAUGGAUUUAUUAUGCUUUGCAAAAUCAAGCAUAGAUAUGUAAUUGUUUUAUGUUUCGAUUACGUUCAAAAUUUAUCACACAAGCAACUGUCGUUGCUUCCUUGUAAAACAAGACUUUGACAAAACAACAGAGAAAUUGCCCUUAGCGUAAUCAGCUUUUGCAAAUGAAGUAAAGCAUGAGGUUUUUGGGUACGGAGAAUAAUUCGGGGUAGAAAAGUGCAUUUAUUUCAAGAAACUCAUGCUUUGCUGACGAAAGUUUGCUACCUAAUGGCGUUUAUCUAUCGCACCACAAACCGUCAGCUGAGCGCUAAUGCGUUAACUAAACAUAUUGAAAGCAAAACAUAGAAGAAGAAAUCUGUGCUACAAACUCAUAAACAUAGUAAGUGACGCAACGCCAGUCAAUAGGAAUCGACUAGAGUAGGGCUGCUCAUAGGCGAUUUUUAUUGAACUGGUUCGUUUGAUAUUGUCCAGCGCUGGAAUCAGACCGGAGCUAAACCGGAUUCCCACUGGACACUGGGCUUUUGACGCAACAAUGACUUGAACCUGCAAAGUCGUUGUGUUCGUCACUAGUAGAAUUUGCGAAAAAAUUGAUUACCAUUUACCUAAGCAAAGAUUUGUCAAAACAGUAAAGUAUUAUCACUGCAAAGAAAAUAUGAAAAAAGCAAACAAACAAACAAACUAGAAUGCAGUAAAUGAAGGUUCUUAAUCAUAUGGAAUCGAUUUAGGCGAGCCAGAUAGCAUGAGAUGCAGCAAGCAAGUGAGUGGGAGGGGGGUGGGAGAAGAUAAUAUCCGUACAAUCGAUGUACUGCCAGAUCACGGUUGGUAGCGAGUUCUUGACGGUACUCUUUUGAUUGCUGACUGACCGGACGACGGAUAAGGGGGACCGAAUCGCGGACCGUUCGUCAGUCAGCCGAUCGAUUAAACACGUUUUAUAAUUCUAUUGUUUUAAUCGUAGUUUGUGUAUUGUUUAAAAACCUUCAUAAUCAAUCGUAGUAAAGAAUAGAGCAAACCGAGCGACGUUCAUUCGCUCGUACAUUAAACUCUCGACGCUGUGCUGGUCAUGUAGAAUGGUUAGACACAGAGGUAGUACACUGCAUCAACUUGGCGCACCACUGGAUUUUGUUUGGUAUUUUAACAGUUUGCUUGCAAAUCAGAGUGUUAUACUGGAAUGGACAGCUGAACGGAGAAGCUUUAGAGUGCUUGGAGACUAAUAAACACGUUGAUUUAUUGUUGACAAACAUUGGACUUCAUCGGUACAGGAGACGUUUGACACGACAGUUGUUUGCCAUAGCGAUUGUUUUUUAAACCUGUCAUUUUAGUUUAUGCGUGAAUUUAUGAAGACCAUAAUUAAUUAAUCCGUACGAUGCUCAAUACGCAAUGAACAUCAGACAUUCUUAUGACGACAGAACGGAAGCUUUCGGUUCGAAUCAAAAUUAGUGGGUUAUUAAAUUGAGUUACAUGAAAUUGAUGAAUGCUAGUAUAUUUAGUAGGUAGUAAAGGUUGAACUCGUUCGACAAAAGUUGUCUGAGGACACACCACAACAAAUGAACCUUCGAUAAGCUAAUAAAGCUUGCUUCAAAUAGAAUUGGAACAAAGACAAUUGCCUGUAUUUCAGUUAUUUAUUAUUGUAUUCAAGAUCUUUUUUUAUACAAAUGUAGCGUUUUCUUCAUACUUUUAAGAAAAAAUACGGAUAAAAUUAUUCGUCACGGUUUUGAAGGAAUUCUCGAAUUUUUCCUGUAACACGGCUCAGUAGGCGGCGCACACCUUCGUCCAUCGUUUUAGAUAUCUUAUUCCACCAGGUCGUCAUCUGAUUGAUGUCUUUGACAACCUUUCCCUUUGCCUUGAGUCUCCUUUUCAUGAUUGCCCAGUAUUUCUCAAUAGGGCGGAACUGGGGGCAGUUGAGUGGGUUAAGGUUUUUCGGAACAAACUGGACCACUUUCUCUGCAUACCAUUCUUGAACGGCUUUGCUGUAAUGACAGCUUGCCAAAUCUGGCCAAAACAUUACAGGAUGGUCGUGGGAUCGAAUGAACGGCAAAAUUCGUUUUUGGAGACACUCUUUUUGGUAUAGUUCCGAUGUCAUUGUCUUAUUUGUAACGAAAACUUUCGUUUUUUUGCCGCAAUAUGAGCAAGCUUUAUAGCUAACGAGGGCAAAUUUUCAAUAAAUCUUUUAGUUGAACAUAAUACAUUCAAAGAAAAAAAUAAUGAACAGUUGAAGUUAAAACCUAAAUAUUAGUGAACAUUUCAAACUUAGUAUGAACAUGAUCAGGGUAUAAGCCGCUAGUUUAACAAGUCAAAUGUCGUAUAUUCGAGUUCUGACUUCGAAGGAUUCUUGGUGUCUGUAGGAUCACACUCUAUUGUAACAGAAGAUCAAAUUCCCCAUCGGAAUGUAGUACUUUUGCCAUUGCUUUGUAUGGGAUGAUUUGUGUUUUGUUUUGUUGAAGUUGAAGUGAAUUAAACAGCAGUGCUUUUGAUAACUAAGUCCUGCUAUAACCAAGUGAACUCUUCGGUUAUUCUGUUAAAACUUUAUCUGUUAUUCGAAAAUUUACAUCUUACUGCGUCUUCUUAUUAGUUCUCGAAUUUGACAAAGGAAUAUAGGAAGACUUAGAUUUCCAAACAACUCUCGAAUCCCUUCGUCACGAAUAAGAGUGCAUUUGCGGUACCGCUGAGCAGUUGGAGAUCCGUAUUCGGAUUCAAAAAUGUCACCCGAAUAAUAUUAAUUAUGCUGAAUAGGUGGCAAUUAGGCUUUUAAAAGUCAGUCAGUAUCAAGGUCUUGGUUUGAAUUUUUGUUUGAAAAAUGUAAUAGAUUCUUAGAUAUGUUAGGAUUCGUAUUUGAUAAAAAUGGCUUUAUUUGAGCACCACUUUCAAUGUUUACUUGAUAUUUGGCAUGUUUGGACGCUGCCCCAGUAUGAAUCUAGCUAAUAGACAAUGGUAAGGCUGUUCUGGGAGGAAUAAAACUGGUCACUGUUGACUCAAUUCGUCAGUCCAAUGAUUCCCAGUAAUAUCAAAAUGAUCUGGUACCGAUAGGACGUAUAACGAGUUCGACAAGCUGAGCUUUUUUGAUUUUACUUCAGCAAGUGAUUAUUAUCGCAAGUUAUGAUUAAAAAAAGUGCUUUGUAAAUCUUCGUGACUGUCAGAUUAGAAAUAAAUUCGUGUAUCACAGAAGCCUCCCAGUGAAUGAGAUUGCUCUGGCUUAAUUUCAAGACAGUAUACACUAGCAUCGACUCGGACAACCAAAAAAAUAAUCUCCAGUGUAACAAGUUAUAUAUUCUUCAAGUUGUCAAACCUUUCAGCCAGUCUUACUUCACGUGGGAAAAAUGAUACUUCGAAUAUUUUGAAAGUACAUAUUAUGAUGGAAAGGUGAAUAGUACUUCCAAAGCAGCAAUAUUUGUGAAAUAAGGUGAGUUUUUUUUAAAGAAAAAACGAAUGAGCAUUUCAAACUUGAUCAGGGUUACUAUGUUAAUGAUUUUAUUGGAGUAAUCUGUGGCAACAGUUAUGACUUCUCUCGGUUGGUAUGAAGGUUGAUCGUAGAUCGUUUCCCUGAAUUAUAUAACUAUUGUGGAGUAAUAUGGAAAUGAAAUUUUUACCAAACAAAAUACCCAAGUAGCAAACUUUGUUCUAGUACUAAAUUUAUUAACUCUUCUCGCAACGAUUAUGCGAUUGGAAAAGCGCACUUUUCUUGUAUGAUGUGCAACAAGUUGUUUCACAACAGUAAUAUUUGUAAUGUAACAGUAAUAGUAAGUGGAAACCGGAAUUGAAACUGCUCAAAUGAUAUUGUCGUACAGUCAGUUGAAAAAACCGGAUGUGGAACUUAAUCCAUUCAGGUUUUUGAGUGUGUUUCACAAGCAGUAAUAGGAAUGAAUUGUCUAACAUAUCUAAAAAUAAUAACCGAUCUGAAGCAAUUGUGAAACAUUGCAUGAAAAUGAAACAAUCAUUCGCAAGGAUGAUUAAAUAAACCUAGAAUCAUUUGCGCAGGUAAUAGGUAUUCUUUACCAUGCCUUGCUUCUUUUCUUUACCCAACAAACAAUAAAAAUGAGUGAUGGAAUUAAAAUUUACCCGAUUAACAUUUACUCCAUACAUGUAAUGGUUUUGCACGGUUGGUGUGUGAAGCACUUCAGUCUCGCCUUUGUAAUCUGAUUCCGAACACAAAUAUUUAUCCAUCGUUUUGCUAAUGAUGUAUAAGAUUUUAUUGUGUCACUACUGUCACUUAUUUUCUAAUCCAAUGUAGCAGAAAUUCAAGAUUGAUCAAUUAGAUUUUGGUUUCAAUCGUGUAGGAUCACUUCCAAAAGUCUAAAUGGUAUCGCAUUUUAGACUUUUUCACUUGAUGGACAGUAGAAAAAAUGAUAUAUUAAAACUGGGUAAUUGAUCGAAAAAAAAUUAGGAAUCACUGCUUUAAAUGAUAUUGUGCUCGAAAAAAAAAAUCAGAACCGAAGUCUGAUCUCACCUGAUUCUUCCAACAAAGUUCACAUUUCACCAAUGUUUAAUGCGAUAUGUAAAUCGCAAAAAAAAAUAUAAGAAAUUUUACCAUCCUGUAAAAUUCAGUCUCAAACCCAAUAAUUCCUGAAUAUACAAUAUCUACUUAAAACGUGUACAGAAAGAAAUAUUGCUUUGUUAUAUGCUCCUACAUUGAGAGCAGCAAAAUAUUUCUGUUAAAGCACGUGGGUUAGCAACAAGACAACAAAAUAUGUACCAUGUACCAUGGUUUUAUCAAAUGACAACUAAACUGACGUCGCUCGGAAUCAGCGCUGCCAACUAUACCGAUUUCUCGGUAUUUAUACAAAUAUUUGGACUCGAUACAGGAAUUGAGGUUUCUAUGCCCGGUGAAAAAUGAACGGCGGCCCUACUGAAAAAUGGGUGGCCUACACGUUUCCUGAUGAAAACAAAAAAAUAUGUAAAAGCGAUUCACACGCAGCAUCAAGCGACUAUCGCCUGCAUGGAACGAUUACGGAACAACAACAUUAAUUGUAAGCAAUUCAUAUGAAAGGACACUACGUCAAGUUCACGGAAAAUUUCAACGUCGGAUACGUGAGCAAUGUUCGGCUAAAAAAAUUAAUAAAAAUAACCUGGACGUCGACGGAAGUUGAUUGAUCGUCUGAAUAGUGUUUAAUGCAUGCGUUUCCUGAUGAAAACAAACCAAUCUCAUUUGCAUUUGUGGUUGUAAGUGAGCUGUCAGAGAGCCUAAUACAGAUAUGCUCUCUAAAAAUACCGAUAUUUCAAUUUCCAUACAGAUAAAUACCGUGCCAACGAGUAUGCGAAUUCUUCUUCAAAGCGAAUAUUGGACGUUUCUAAAAAUAAAACGUUUCAUGUGUUACUUGCACUGCUGAAGCUGAAUUCAUUACACCAACGCUAAAGUUAAAGCCUUGUCCGAUCAGUUUUUACCUCAUUGUAUCAGGUUGUUUAUUAUGGCAGCAUUUGGGGUAACCCUCUGUUUAUGCCCCGUUUACACUUCUGCUGGCUGCCAGCAUGCUGGUGUCAGUGUACUGCCCUCUUAGGAAAAAAACGUUCAACGGUGGUCCUUCGUUGGUCUAAUACUUUGGAUCAUUGGACCACAGUUGAACGUUUUUUCCUAAGAGGGCAGUACACUGACACCAGCAUGCUGGCAGCCAGCAGAAGUGUAAACGGGGCAUUAGGUGCGAUCGAAUGUUAGAAAAUAAGAAACAAUACAAAAAAUAAUUUCGUCCUUUGGAAAGACGAGUUAUUAGAAUAAUUAUUCAUUCAUAAAAAAAUCAUACGCUUUCAGGAAUUCAUAUGUAGCAUUCAGAUAAAUGCACUUCAGAAAAAUUGGGUUGUUUCGACAAAAUUUUAUAUGCCAUUAAAAUUGAGCAUGGUUUACCCCGGGUGCUAGGUUCAGAGUUUAAGACGCUGACCUAACAAGCCAGAAGUCGUAUAUUGGAGUACUGAUUUUGAAAGAUUCCUAGUUUCCUUAGAAUUAUUGCUACUAACCAUGCAAUAGUCCUGUACACUUACGAGUCGGCUGCGAAUUCUGUUGAAACAGAAGGUCAAAUUCCGUAUCGGAAUGUAGAAUCGUGACAUAGGUUCGCUUUGCUUUUGACCAGGGUGUGACAACGUAAGCAACUUUGUGCAGCGAGAAGGCAACGUUUGUCGUUUAUGGAAAGAUUUUAUGUAGAACGACUUAUAAACAAAAUGACCUAAACCUCACUAAUCGACAUGACCGAUUGACGUUGAUAACUGUCCAGUCACUUAUAGCUGCUCUCACUUAAAGUUUUCUGAUUUAUAUAUACCAAACGAAUCCACAAAUAUUGAAAAAUUCGAAUUCAAGAACAUCAUAUUACCUAGGAAACAGACUUCGAAUGGAAGGUUUGUUCGUGCGAGUUGAACACAAUGAGGUAUAAAUAGGUAGUGCAGAGCACAUGGCCCUUAAUCUAUCAUCCAGAUUCAUUACGACAUGUUCAAACCAACUGUGAAUUCAAGGAAAACUAGAUCGAGUAUAGUCGGGUGACAAAACACGUGCUUCUGAUGUUGCUUGGUUUGCUGAAGCCAAAAGCGUCUCGCGAACACCGAAGUGUCACCUGUUUCUACCUCAUUGAGUUCAGCAGGCAGGUUGAAAAAAUCAGUAUACUACAAUACAUCAGAGUAUUUUUCGAACAGUAUCAGAGCAAACAGCAGUCGAGAUUUUACUGUAUUUUUAUUCGUACCAGGUGUAUGUCCGGAGUUGUGCAUUGGAACCUUUCAAUGCUAACAGCAAACAAAAAUGCCAGGAUAAAUCCUUUGAAUAACUUAUUCCUGUGUACAUCAGCCGGACAAAUGCCUUUUCUAUAUGUUAUUAAUCUCCGGUAAAUUUAAGUGUGUUUCUACUAGGAUAUAUCUGUAAGAAAUAAUGUAUUUUUUUCUGUACUGCUAUUCCCAUCCUUUUUAUCCAAUUUCACAUAUUCACACAAACAAUUUAUAACAGCGACACAUCGCAUUAGAGCAGCAUUAUUACUUUUCGAGCACCAAAACGCAACACGCAUGCACACAAUGAAACACGUUUUUUUCGCAAACAGGACAGUUUCAAUUCUCUCUCAACCCAACACUGAUAACAACAAUAGUUAAUUACAAGAUAACAUUACCAUGGUCCCCAUUAGGAUGUCCCCAGCACCAUUCAUUCCCAAGUUACAUAAAUAGUUGCGUAUCACAAGAGAACAAAAAAUACAUUUUUUCCGGGAUAUCCGGCAUCGAAGAAAAAGCAUAUACCAAUAAACGUAACGAGCAAAAAAAAAUAAAGCAAAACAAGCAGAAACACAUUUCAUUUUUCAAGAACCUAUUCAUUAAAACAAAAUUAGGCACAUGGUAAUUGAUGAUAAGGAAAAAUAAAGAAGAAAAAAAACGGUAAGGGAGAGAAAGAGUAUUUAUCAAUGAGGCAGCAAAAAUAAGCUUUCUGGGUAAUCGACCGGAAGUUCGUACGGGAUCGGAAAAUUUCAACGAACUUCUGGGUCAAUAGAAAAAAAACCCGUCAUCCCCAUGGAACAAAAGUUAAAAGAAAUGUCUACACUAUCCUUUCGUUGGUCUAGAAUUUCAGUUUGCUGGUGUAUUGGUUUCCUCAAAAUCGGAAACCAAGGCACAUACAUGCCUCAGCAGGGUUGGAACGCAAACCUGAAACUAUAAGAAACAUUCGAUGAUGGUAGUGACCAGACUGUUUCGGAUAAAAAGUUAUUUAUUUUUUUUUUGGCUUGUUUUGAAUUGAAAAUUGUUAGUAUAUUUUGUUUAUCGUUAAAAAUAGCGAACGGAAAUUAUCGAAUGAUUUUUAUGAACCCUCAGGCAAAAGGAGAUAAUUUGUUUGCAUGUUCAUUAGAUUAUUGUUCCAAAAUAAAAAUGAAAAACACUAACAUCGAAAGGUCAAUCAAUUAUCAACUAAAACAAUACCCAAUACCUGAAUUCAGCAUAGAAAUCUGUUAUUUUGUUUGAUAUGCCUAAUAUCCAGAAACUAGAAGAGUGAUCAGAUGUAAUAACAAUUGAACUGUCUUUUGAAUAAAGCAAACAACAUGGAACAAUAUAUUAAAAUCCGGA